AUGGGGAACAAGAAAAAAGAUGAGGAGAUCAAUGAACUCAAGAAAGAAGUCAAGAUCAAUGAACACACAAUUCCCCUCGAAGAACUCCUCGCGAGAUACCAAAGCAAUGUUGACGCGGGAUUGACCAGAGCGAAAGCCGCUGAAUAUCUGGCUCGUGAUGGACCCAAUGCUCUCUCGCCACCAAAAACCACUCCGGAAUGGAUUAAAUUCUGCAAAAACUUGUUCGGAGGAUUCGCCUUGUUGCUCUGGGUGGGAGCCGUGCUUUGCUACAUUGCUUACUCAGUCGACUACUUCACCAUGGAGUACCCAUCAAAGGACAAUCUCUACCUUGGAAUCGUGUUGAUGAGUGUCGUCAUUGUCACCGGAUGCUUCCAAUACUAUCAAGAAAGCAAAUCAAGCAAAAUCAUGGACUCGUUCAAGAACAUGGUCCCCCAAUACGCGCAAGUCAUUCGUGAUGGCAGCAAGCAUCAAAUUCGAGCCGAAGAAAUCGUCAUUGGAGAUAUCGUCGAAGUGAAAGGCGGUGAUCGUGUCCCAGCUGAUAUCCGUGUCAUCUCGUCUUUCGGAUUCAAGGUGGACAACUCAUCUUUGACCGGAGAGUCCGAACCCCAAACCCGAUCCCCUGACUGCACCAACGAGAAUCCCCUUGAGACCAGAAACAUCGCUUUCUUCUCGACCAAUGCCGUUGAAGGAACUUGCAAGGGAGUUGUCAUCUACACCGGAGAUCGAACUGUGAUGGGACAAAUCGCUCACUUGGCUUCAGGAUUGGACGCUGGAAUGACUCCAAUUGCCCGCGAGAUCGAGCACUUCAUCCAUUUGAUCACCGGAGUCGCCGUCUUCCUUGGAGUCACUUUCUUCAUCAUUGCCUUCGUUCUCGGAUAUCACUGGCUUACCGCCGUUGUCUUCCUCAUCGGUAUCAUUGUCGCCAACGUGCCCGAAGGUCUCAUCGCCACCGUCACUGUGUGUCUCACCUUGACCGCCAAGCGAAUGGCCUCAAAGAACUGCCUUGUGAAGAACUUGGAAGCUGUGGAGACUCUUGGAUCGACCUCGACCAUCUGCUCUGAUAAGACCGGAACCCUCACACAAAACCGAAUGACUGUCGCCCACAUGUGGUAUGACCAAAAGAUCUACGAGUGCGAUACAACCGAGAAUCAAUCAGGAACUCAAAAGAAGAACACCGGACCCACUGCUGAUGCUCUUAUUCGUUGCGCCGCCCUCUGCUCACGUGCCGAGUUCAGACAAGGACAGGUUGAUAUCCCCGUGUUGCGUCGUGAGUGCUCAGGAGACGCCUCCGAGAUAGCUAUUCUCAAGUUCUGUGAGCUCACACUUGGCGGCGUUGUUCCAUACAGAGAGAAAGCAACCAAGAUUGCUGAGAUUCCUUUCAACUCCACCAACAAAUAUCAGGUGUCAAUUCACGAUCCGAUCAACAGCGACAAAUAUCUUCUUGUGAUGAAGGGAGCCCCAGAAAGAAUCCUCGAUGUCUGCUCGACAAUUCUCCUCAACGGACAGGAAGUCGAGCUUGAUGAAAAAUUGCGCAAAGAAUUCAACGAUGCCUAUUUGGAGCUCGGAGGAAUGGGAGAGCGUGUGCUUGGCUUCUGCGACUACGAACUUGACGGAACUACCUAUCACAAGAAACCCGAAGCCUACAAAUUCGACACUGAGAACGUGAACUUCCCAAUUAAGGGACUCCGAUUCGUCGGUUUGAUGUCGAUGAUUGAUCCUCCACGAGCUGCUGUCCCAGAUGCCGUGGCCAAGUGCCGAUCUGCUGGAAUCAAAGUCGUCAUGGUUACCGGAGACCACCCUAUCACCGCCAAGGCAAUCGCCAAGUCUGUCGGAAUCAUCUCUGAAGGAUCUGAGACUGUCGAAGAUAUUGCAAUUCGUCGUGGAUGCAACGUUGAUGAUGUUGAUGCCCAUGAUGCCAAGGCUGCUGUCAUCCACGGUUCUGAACUUCGUGAAAUGAAUGAGGAGCAAUUGGCGGAAAUCAUCAGGAAUCACUCCGAGAUCAAACAAGGCCAAAUUGUUGCUGUGACUGGAGACGGAGUCAACGAUUCGCCAGCUUUGAAGAAGGCCGACAUUGGAGUUGCCAUGGGUAUCGCUGGAUCUGAUGUGUCCAAACAAGCAGCCGACAUGAUUCUUCUCGAUGACAACUUUGCCUCGAUCGUCGUCGGUGUUGAGGAGGGUCGUCUCAUUUUCGAUAACUUGAAGAAAUCUAUUGCCUACACCCUGACCUCAAACAUCCCUGAGAUCUCGCCUUUCCUCACCUACAUUCUCUUCGGUAUCCCACUACCACUCGGAACCGUCACAAUUUUGUGUAUUGACUUGGGAACUGACAUGGUCCCUGCUAUCUCCCUUGCCUACGAGGAGGCUGAAGCUGAUAUCAUGAAGCGUCAACCAAGAGACCCGCUCCACGAUAAACUUGUGAAUGAAAGAUUGAUCUCACUGGCCUAUGGACAAAUCGGAAUGAUUCAGGCAUCUGCUGGUUUCUUCACAUAUUUCUGGAUCAUGGCGGAUAACGGUUUCCUUCCCAAGGACUUGUACCAACUCCGUGCUCAAUGGGAUUCCCGCGCGUACAACAACGUGCUCGACUCAUAUGGACAGGAAUGGACUUAUGCCAACAGAAAGAUUCUUGAGUACACUUGCCAGACCGCUUAUUUCGUCUCGAUCGUCGUUGUGCAAUGGGCUGACUUGAUCAUCUCAAAGACCCGUCGUAACUCGCUUGUCCAACAAGGAAUGUCUAACUGGACUCUUAACUUCGGUCUGGUGUUCGAGACUUGCUUGGCUGCCUUCAUGUGCUACUGCCCUGGACUUGACAACGGUCUUCGUAUGUAUGGACUCCGCUUCUCGUGGUGGUUCCCGGCACUUCCAUUCGCCAUUCUGAUCUUCAUCUAUGAUGAGGCUCGUCGUUACUGCAUUCGCCGUUGGCCCGGAGGAUGGGUGGAGCGUGAGACGUACUAC